UUUUUGCAUUUACUUCACUCUUACUUUUGAUGAAUAAAGUUUAACAUUAUUGAAUCUAAAAUCAUCAAUCGAAAAUGAAAGGAAUGAACCUUUAUUUUUUGUGCUUCAUGUUAAAAUCAGUUGUCGGUUUACCUGACUUUGGAAAUAUUCCAUCAAUUGAUGAAUUGUUGUUGAGUGGAAUAGAUAAAGAUCAAGAUAUUUGCUCUAACGUUACAUCAUAUGCUUGCAUUUCACGAGAAGUAAAUAAUUACAUCUCAGCCGAUUAUUAUAAAAAUGAAGCACAAUCAUACAUUCGAAGAAAAGCAGUAGGCAUUUUGAACUAUUAUACGACUCAUCCUGAACUUGUAAAUUUUGAACACGAACUCAAAUGGUACUCUACUGUGUGCAAAGGAGAAUUACAAUCCACUCAGAAUAAUAGUUUGAACAUUUUGAAAAUCACAAUGAUGCGUUCUAAAGGCGUUCAAUAUAUUAAUGAUACUGAGGAUUCAGUGCCUUGGAAAAAGGUGGCUAAAAUUUAUGCCGAAAAAUUUAAAUUUAGUCCAUUUUUUGAAGUGAUAUUUAAUGACGAUAGUGCAUUAUCGAUUAGAAGACCUUUAACCACAAUGUCAUUUAAAAUGCUUCAUGGCGGAUUAACUUUGUUGAUAAAUAAAUUUUUUUCCGAAUUUGCUGUCGGAACAUUUUCAAAGGCGAUGGAAAAAGAUAUAAAAGCCAGAUUGAAUGCAACAGUCACUACAUUCCCAGAUAACAAAAUGCGCGUUGUGUGCUGCUAAUAUCAUCUGCACGCGUGCCGAUUUAUCCGCACUAUGCGCGUUCACUGGACCACUCAGAUGCGUCAUCAUAUGCGAUCCAUAACUGUCGCAUAUUGUGAUGGGCACAUGCGUGACGGUAUAAUGCGAAUAAAUUAUAUUUAUACUUCAGCCUUAUUUGAAUUAAAUAAAAAGAAAAGAUUAUUGA